CCCCUACAGCGGCCUCGGCGCCCCCCCGCCGGCGCCCCCAGACUCAGGACUCCAGCACCGAGGCAGGAGGCAGGGAGCAGAAGGAGAGGCAGGAGAACGAGGAGGAGGAGGAGGAGCCGUCGCAGGAUGAAGGAUCGGACUCAGGAGCUGCGGAGUGCGAAAGACAGCGAUGAUGAGGAGGAGGUGGUCCAUGUGGACCGGGACCACUUCAUGGAUGAGUUCUUUGAACAGGUGGAAGAGAUCCGGGGCUGCAUUGAGAAGCUGUCAGAGGAUGUGGAACAAGUGAAAAAACAGCAUAGUGCCAUCCUGGCCGCCCCCAACCCGGAUGAGAAGACCAAACAGGAGCUGGAGGACCUCACUGCAGACAUCAAGAAGACGGCCAACAAGGUUCGAUCCAAGUUGAAAGCGAUCGAGCAAAGCAUUGAACAGGAGGAGGGGCUGAAUCGUUCCUCUGCGGACCUGCGCAUCCGCAAGACCCAGCACUCCACACUCUCCCGGAAGUUCGUGGAGGUAAUGACUGAAUAUAACGCGACCCAGUCCAAGUACCGGGACCGCUGCAAGGACCGGAUCCAGAGGCAGCUGGAGAUCACUGGAAGGACCACGACCAACGAAGAACUGGAAGACAUGCUGGAGAGUGGGAAGUUGGCCAUCUUCACUGACGAUAUCAAAAUGGACUCACAGAUGACAAAGCAGGCGCUGAAUGAAAUCGAGACGAGGCACAACGAGAUCAUCAAACUGGAAACCAGCAUCCGUGAGCUGCACGACAUGUUUGUGGACAUGGCCAUGCUCGUGGAGAGCCAGGGCGAAAUGAUUGACCGCAUUGAGUACAACGUGGAACAUUCCGUGGACUACGUGGAGCGAGCCGUGUCUGACACCAAGAAAGCUGUGAAAUAUCAGAGCAAGGCCCGGAGGGCUCACCCUCAAGACAGACCCGGGCAGCACCCGCAACCUUUACCGCCCGUCAGACCCUGGAGUCCCUGGACCUCCCCCCGCCGUGGACCACCCCCUGCCCCCGCACGUAGAUAGCAGCAGGCGUGAUUACACGUGCACACCAACAUGCAUGCCGCCGGCACAUGCUCGAGACGUGUGGACACCCCAGCGUGUGUGUGUGUGUACGUGUGUAGAUGUGUGUAGAAGCACCAAAUCGCCCUUUCUGCCCCCCACCUCAAGUCUGUGUGUUGUCUGAGCUUUCCCCCUUCCCCUGGGUUGUUGUGUAGACUGUGGCCGGGUGUGACACAGCAGCCAUCAAGCCCCACUCUUCUGUCUUCUGUGAAUAGGGGUGUGUGUGUGUGUGUGUGUGUGUGUGUGUGUGUGUGUGGCGCCACAGAUCCGUGGACACACAGUUUGCGUACAUGGAAUUUUGUGUUUGAGUGUUCAAAUCCAAUGUAACAGCACCUCCUCCACUGACACCCCCCUCCCCCAUGUCUGCUACAGAUGGGGCAGGUUGUGAGUGUACAGAGGCUCACACUAACAUUCCCAGAGGAUCCAGGCACAAUACACACACAGGCCAUGGCAGACACCCCAGCGUGAUGCUGAGCAAACCCUCCUGGCUUAGUCACCCCGGGACUGACAUGUCCUGGGGAACAUGUGUGUGUGUGUGGAGUUCACUCGAGGCGAGUGGAAGCAUACACGUGUCAAUAACCUAGCUUGGCCUGUAUAUCCAUGUGCAUUUCCCCCAACAGGUGAUGUGAGGGACGUGUUUGUGUGUGUGUGUGUGUGUGUGUGUGUGUGUGUCUAGGAUGUGCCUGAAGUGUCAGUAGGUCUUCUCCUGAGACAGAGCCCUCCACAUUUUGCCCUGGACACCUGUUUUGGGUGGGCACAGAAAUCUAUAUUUCUACGCUAUCUAGAGUACGCCUGCGUGAGUGUGUGUGUGUGUGUGUGUGUGUGUGUGUGUAGAGGAUUUCUGCGUAGUGUGUUUCUACCCCCCUGUGUAUUAUACACACACACGUUUACCUUCAAGGACCUGUGCCCCAUCCAGGUUUGUCUAUCCAGAUUAUUUGCCCCCUCCCUUUCUCCCCAGAGCUGCUGGCCGCUAUCUGGUGUGGCCACACACUGCUACAUCAACAUCAUGCAACUGCAGCUUCUUGCCCUGCGUGGUCGGAUCCCCUGUGCAUACACGCCCACGUGCUUAUCUUUCUCGGUCAAAUAAGCCUGCACAUGUGGAAGCUGGGACACCUCAGUGUGCUCCCACCCGCCACGGCAGAUGAGGCCACACCCAGGCACACACCUGCACACAGGAGCCCGGCGUAUGCUGACGCUGGCACGGUGCCUGUUCAGGCAGGCGCUCGUUUGCACAUGAAUGCCUCCCAGCCGGGCUAUUGAUGGGAAACAUUACUGAUCACGGGAAUGUCAAGGGCUGCCCCAGGCUCUCAGAAAUGAGAACAUUCUUGAGCACUAACCUCAGAACUGGGAGAGGCCAGCGAUGGUCCCCACCGCCCCACCUGAUGCUCUGGCCUUUGCCUCAGGAACCUUGGAUUUAGGGAACUCUUUAUUUCAGACGUACUGGAGUGGACUAAGUCCUGGGGCCCAUGCCCUGGACACAUCUCCUGCUGAAAUGUCACGAAUAGCUGUUCCCCUGCAGGCUGAGACUGAGGGUGGGACACGGGCCUGAGUUUCUGAUGGUGAGGAAGAGGCCGGCUCCUCCCUUGCUGUGUAGACAGCAUAGGCAUGGGUGGGUUUGUGCGUUGGGUGGCAGGUGGGAGGUAUGUGGGCAAAGGACAGUGUUAGAAGCCUCCCACUCCACUGGCCCAGGAACAUGGCCCCACAUAUACAGGACUGAACACACAAGUACAGGAAUGCGCCCUGCCUUGGGGUCCGACAGCCGUGUGCACAGGGUGGAGGACUUUGGCGUGUGUGCAGAUCGUUUCCUGGAGUCCCUCGUCAUGUGAAGCGUGUAUGUGUGAGAGAGAGACAGUGCAGAUGUGACCUUCUGGAACAUAGUACCCCACUCCCACCCCAGCUCAGAUAGCCAGCCUCUUCCCUACCUGGCUGGGCCCUGCCUGUGUGGGGCCAAUAUAUAUAUGUAACCCCCAAGGUGGGCUGUCCAUUCCCACAGUGCCCUUUGUCAGGACAGGAAGUUUGCCCCCGUAUCUGACUGCAGCCCUCCUGCUCCCACUCAGGCUUCUUUGGGGACGUCGGAGCAGGCCCCAGCACCCCCCCACCCCAUCCUUUUUCCUUCCUGCCGUCCAGCCAGGAUACCCUUUCAUACCAGGGUGUUUCUGGAAUUCCCACAGCCUUGGGGCCACAAGGAGAAGGGUGGAGCCAUGGCUGGAGUGAUGCAACUGCCUCCUUGACUGGUAUUAGGCCCGUAGCUGCCCAUCUCUGGGCCUCAGAUGGACCAGAGCAUCCCUGAGGGUCUGUUCUGCCCCAGCUUCUCUAAGUCCCAUACAUCACAUGAUGUGUUUGCUUGUUGGCUGCCGUGUCUGUAUGUGUCCUGGAAUGUUGUCUGGGGGCUGGUGUCUUUUGCAUGUUCUCAGACAAGUGUGUGCUGCCCGCCCGCCAAGCACCUACAACCAUCAAGCCCCUGUGUGCCCCGUGGGUGGUCCCGGACCUGGCCAGGGCUCGCUGCUUCCCCUCCCCCUUUCUCCCUCCCCCUGCCUCUCACGAAGCACACUGCGUGUCCGUCCCAUGUGCCUGUGGGUUGAUGCACGCUCUUGCCACGCCUCGAGCGUGCGUACAUGAUGUGUUCUAUGCAUUCACCCUGCCCCACCCCCAGCCUGCCCCGCAGAGGACAAGAUGGGUGGCCCCCGGCUCCCUCCUCCCCCACCCGCCCCCUGCCUGCUGUGCAGCCGUGUGCGUUGGCGUGUGUUUCUGUGUCGCUGGCGUGUCACGUGAUAUAGCCGUGUUUGCUGACAUGAGCCCCUGCCCCUUCUGUUUCUCCGUUGGUUUCUAGAGCUCUUUCCUUCUCCUCCCCAGAGGGAACAGGACUCCUGGGGCCUGGCUGUGGGCCCAGAGCCAGGCCACCCUCUCCUGUUAGCCCUCAGAGUCCCAUUUCUCUCUAUUGGUGACCAAGUUGAAAAUGGAUAAAACACAGGAAAAUUCUGCCCCCCUCCCAGCCCUGCAUGUCCUGUCCCCAGAGCCCCUCACCCCCACCCCGGGCCGGGUUGGGCCCCGUGGGACGGGAGAAAUAGCAACCAAUCCAAC